GGACGGGCUCCGCUGACGGCACUGUGUUUUGCUGGCCCGACCCGGCGGGUCGCGGGCAGAUCAACGAGGCGGAGGGGCGGUCCAUCCGAGUGGAGGGAGGGAAGGAGCCUGGCCGCCUCCGGCGAGUGCGUGUGGGUGGGCAUGGAGGACGGGCGCAUCUGUGUGCUGCGGCGCGCUGACGGGGCACUGCUGCGGAGCAUCCGGGGGGCUCAUGCGGGGCCGGUGCUGGCGCUGGCGGCGGUGGGGGCGCAGAUGUGGAGCGGCUCGGGCGACAAAACCAUCGUAGCCCAUGACGCCCGCAUCCCCACCACCACCACCUCCUCCACAACCUCCUCCACCCCCCAGCCCCUGUUCAGUCUGGGCGAGCAGGGGGGCUAUGUGAAGGGGCUGCUGCUGCCCUUCUCAACCGCACCGGGAGCCAACAGCGGCAGCGGGGGCAACAGCAGCAGCCGCAACAGCAGCGGUGGGGGCUGGUGGGUGUGGGCGUUCACGAGCACCGGCACGCGCGUGUUGACCGCUGAGGCGCUGUGGCGGUCGCAGGUGGAGCGGGCGGAGGGGGCGGAAGGGAGGCUGGCGGCGGCGAAGGAGGAGGCGGCGGAGGCGGGGCGGCGGGAGGAGGCGGCGCGGGAGGAGGCGCGCAGGCAGCAACAGGCGGCGGAGGCGGGCAUGCAGGAGCUGAGGGACCAGCUGGGGUCGCUUCAGGAGCAGCUGGACGCCGCCUCGCAGCAGCUGGAGGUGGCGAGGAAGGAGGCGACGGAGGCGUCACGGCAGGCGGAAGAGGCGGCGGCGGCGCUGGCGGCUGAGCAGGAGGCGAGGGCGCGGCAGGGGGAGGCGGCGGCUGGGGAGCUAGAGGAGGCGAGGGCCCGAGUGGCUUUCCUGGAGGGCCGCGCGGCGGCGCUGAGUGGGCAGCUGGCGGAGGCGGCGGCGGCGCAGGAGGGGCUGCGGGGGGACAAGGAGGCGGAGGCUCUUGCCGCCGCCUCCGCUGCUGAGGCGCUGCGGGGGGCGCAGCAGCAGCUGCAGGGGGAGCUAGCGGAGGCGAGGAAGGAGCUGGAGUCGGAGCGGGCGGCCCACGCCGCUGCUCUGGCGGAGUGGGUGUCCCGCGAGGGGGAG